CUGAAUAUAAGUUUUACUUUCGAAUUCAAUAACUGAGAUGAAUAAACUUUUUAAAAUGUUCAUGAUAUUCAAAUUUAUUCAAAUGCACGUGGAAGAGAGAAAGUUAUGAUUUCAUCAACUAAAACAUUUUGAUGCUUUGUAUUUUGUUUCAUAAAAUGCUUCGCCUUACAACUUUGUUUGAUGCUUAAAUUACGCACAAGCAUCACACUGAGCUGGCUGAUGUCAUCUUCAUUUACGCAGCCGAGUGAAUGAAAAGUAAACGCAGCCCAUAAGGAGAGCCAGAGCCCACCCCGACCAGGAGACUCUAUAAAAGCGCCAUGAUUCUGCAGCGAUCCAACACUAACAAAGAGCCACUUGGAAAAAAUUGCGCUCAGGAGGACAGAUCCGGAGUUCGGGUGAAAAUGAGAGGACUCACGCUGUCUAAUGUUUGCCACUGUGGCUUCUUCACAUAUCUCGUUUUUAUGUCUUUGAGCGCAGGAGACAGUAUCUCUCUGACUGAGAGGGGGAGUAAAGUUACGAAAUUCAAAGUGACUCCAAAAGGCAAUCUUUGGGCAACAGGGCAUUUCAUGGGAAAGAAAAGUGUGAUGGACACCCCUUUGCUACGCUCACCCGAGGACCAGGGUGUGAACGCGGUGGAACUCAGCCUCCCGGCUGAGCAGACCUCGCUUGUCCAAGAGUUUCUGCGGGUGGCGUUGAAGGCGCAGAUGGACACAGAAGAGAGCCGUUUGAAAGAUCAGGAAGCGGAGCUGCUGGCGAAAAUCUUAGUAAACUGAUGCGGAGGUCGGAAGAGUGGUGCGCAUGGACCGAAGACCUCGAGGGAUUAAAAA